AUGGCAGCAGAUCCCUCUGAUAACGCCGUAAUCACCAAACAAAGCCUGAAGAGAUACCAUGAGGACGAUCGCCAGCAUGACAGAAACGUCCGAGAUUUGUUGUUGACGCCUCCUGGGGAACAUGAUCAAUCUGAAAUACCCCAGAGUAACAGUCACGCCUUAUCCCGCUCCAGAGCUCACGAAGAUAUCUACGGCCAACUCUUUUGUGCAUCUGUGGAACUGAAGAUUUGGGGUGUCGCUGCACGAGGCUUACGGUUACGAAGCCCACCGACGGUGUUCCCGGAAUAUACUAAGCCAGGAGAGGACGCGUAUGUCUACCGAGACUUCCAGUUCUGGACCUCUGGUUUUUUCCCAGGAAGUCUGUAUCUGCUACUUGAGCGAAGGAGGAAAUACGAGAACAUACUGUCUACCACGGUACAGUCGACGCCGAAGCUCAACACACUGCAACUAGAGUUUGCAUGUCGAUACUGGACGGAUACCUUGCACCAAAACGCACACCUCACCAACACACACGAUCUCGGCUUUAUGAUCAUGCCAUGGGCGAAAGUGGCCUACGAGCUGAACCAUGAUCUCCGCGCCCUAGAGACAAUCAAGACUUCCGCCAACAGCUUGUUCUCCCGCUUUGACAGGCGGAUUGGAUGCAUCAGGUCUUGGAACAAGUGUAUCACGAAGAAGUAUAAUUUCUACGAUAUGGACUCAGACUUCAUGGUCAUCAUUGACAAUAUGAUGAAUCUCGAUCUCCUUUUCUACGCAGCCUCGAAGACGGGCAAUAAAGAUAUGUUUACCGCUGCUCUUGAGCACGCGCGUACGACCGCACGCACACACAUACGCGCAGAUGGCUCGACCACCCAUCUUGUAGUUUUUAAUACUCAGGACAGUGAAAUCAAGCACCGGCUGACGAACCAAGGAUAUUCCCACGACUCGUGUUGGGCGCGCGGUCAGUCCUGGGCGAUCGCAGGGUUCGCAGAGACAUACACUUGGACACGCGAUACCGAGUUCUUGGGCGUAGCCUGCCAAUGUGCUGAUUACUUUAUGAGUCGGUUAUCAGCUCCCGGGAUUGUGCCGUGGGACUUUGACGCACCGGUUGCUGAAGAUGCUUCGCAGCCACCAGAUGUUAGCGCCGCAAUGGUCGCCGCGUACGGGAUGCUGCUGAUCCACCAAGCGCUUACGGCACUUGGAAGGAGUUCACAGUAUUUGCAAGAUGCCUUAACAAUCAUUCGAUCAGCUUGCAUCCAUCAUAUCAACCCACCAGCCAGCUUGGUGGCCCGUGACGAGGUGGUGGAGACCGUCGAGUGUGGCAAGACUGUCCAAACCAGCUUGGAUGUGGAUAUGGGCAAGGGCGACACAAUUCUGAAGGGCGCGACCAUUAACAACUAUGAGUUCGCACCAAGGAAAUGGGCAGACCACGGCUUAGUCUAUGCCGACUAUUUCUUCUUGCUUGUGGGGAACAAGUUGCUGGAGAUGGGAAUUGGACCAGCAAACAUGGAUAACUUCGCAGCCUAG